UCCGAUCAUCGGCAUGCGUCUGAAGCGGUAGCGGCAGAAUGGCCGCCGCAGCGCUGGGUCUGGGGCUGCUGAUACUGGCCGCGCCCAUAUCAACUCAUGCUCAAGCUAUUCAAGACAGCCGUUGCUACUUAAUGAAUGGUGGCGCGGUGGAAAGCUUUUUUAUCAGCGAAGAUACCCCGGUUGGAAGCAUUAUAGGCACUCUCAGUGUCAAUGGCGAUCCAAGUGAAGAUGAUGGAAAUAUAUCCCUCAAAUUGCAAGAAAAAGAUGCAGCAUUGGGCAUUGCUCCAGGCACCAAAAACUUGACCCUAUUACGCUUUCUUGACAGGGAGGAGAGACUAGGCCCUUCAAAUAUUUAUGUUAAUGUGAGAUGUGAUCGACGAAGAACCACUGAUCCUAGUUUUAUUAUUCCUGUAUCUGUGAGGGUGUGGGAUGUGAAUGACAAUGCUCCAGUAUGGGUUGGAUCUCCAUACCGUGUGAGGUUGUCAGAGUUGACAGCGGUGGGGUCGCGGGUCUUGCCUGCACUGAGAGCCACUGAUGCUGACCAGCCUGGGCCCCAUGCUACCAUUCAUUAUUCAGUUAUGCCAGGACCUAAUUCGGAAUAUUUUGGGUUUGCAAAUGAACUUGACAGUGUACUGAUAGUCAAGCAAGCAUUAGACUACGAGACCCUGAGCAACUUCACAGUGACCUUGAGGGCCCAGGAUCAAGGCCGGCCACCCUUGCACAAUGACACUACUCUCUUUGUAGAGGUGCUUGAUGCAGAUGAUCAGAAUCCAAAGUUUACACAUGACCAUUAUACUGCACUCCUCCCUGAUGAUGCUGUUGAGGGUACGAUCCUCAACACCGCGCCCGGGCCGAUCACAGCCGUGGACCAAGACGUCGGCAUAAACGCCCCGCUGUACUACACGGUGACGGGCGAGAAGCGGGAGAUGGUCGUCGUCGACAGGGAGACGGGCCGGGUCGCGGCCGCCAGGCAGCUGCUUGAGACUGCUGCUCCCGUCACUGUCGUUAUAAGAGCUACCCAAGUGGACAACGCGGACCGCUACGCCCUGGCGACGCUGGCCGUGAGCCGGCGCUCGGGCGCGCUCAGCCGGCGGCCGGUGCGGUUCACGCGGCGCGGUUUCACCGCUCGCGUGCCCGAGCACGCGCCGCUCGGCACGGCGCUGCUCACGCUGCACACCGAGCCACCCGCCGACCGCCAGUCGCCGCCUUUCCAAUUCUACGUGUCGGACCGGGGCUUCCUGGACAAGUUUGCUAUAAACAGCGCGGGCGAGGUGCUGCUGCGGCGGCCGCUGGACUAUGAGACCACGCCCGAGUACUAUUACCAAGUCAUGGUCACCGAUGGUAUAUAUAACGACACGGCGUCGAUAAACAUAACGGUGCUGAACGUGAACGAGUGGGAGCCUCGGUUCAAGUACCCGCAGUACGAGUUCCGCGUGGAGGCGGCGGAGGGCGCGGGCGGGCUGCUGGCGGUGGGCCGGCUCGACGUGUUCGACGGCGACGCGGGCGACAACGUCACGCUCACACUGCGAGGCUCCGACGCCAGCAUGUUCUACAUAAACGACGCGGGCGAGAUGUUCAUGCGGCAGAACGCGCUGUCGACGCUCAACUCCAGCGUGCUGCACGUGGUGGCCACCGCCAUCGACUCGGGCUCGCCGCCGAGACAGACGUCAGUGCCUGUGAUCGUGCACGUGGGCGCGCGGCUGCUGGCGCGCGAGCGCGGCGGCGGCGUGCUCAUGUUCGCCGGCGCGCUCUCUCUCGGAGCGCUAGUGCUGCUGGCGCUGCUCGCGGUGGCGCUCGCAUACAUCUACCGCAAUCGGCGUUCGAAAUCGUCCCCGAGUGCAGCCCCGAGCAAGAGCAACUUCGUGGUGCCGGAGAAGCCCCUGCCGCCGGCGGGCGCGCUGGGCGCCGCUAGCUCCGGCUCGAUGCUCAGCGUCAGCGCCGGCGCCAGCACCAUCCUCGCCAACUCCACCAGCAGCCUCGACCUGCGCGACCCCGCCGCCACGCACUCCAGAAAUGCCACGGUGACCCGGCACUCGGCCCGGGUCCCGAAGGCCAAGGUGGCGCCGGCGCCGCCGGAGGCGCCGAGCGUGGCGCUCAUGUCGGACCACCUGCAGCGCGCCGGCGGCCGCUCCGGCGUGGCCUGGCCCAGCGCCACCAUACCUGCGCGCGUCAAGAAACUCAGCUGGGACGACGGCGACCAGGGAAGCGGUGAAGCAGAGGUCAACGAAGCAACCAACCCGGCCGUAGCUGAGCACAUGAAUCUUACCGUCUACUUUUAAAUCUUUUGACCCAGUCGGUUUCGGUGAUCAGUCUGUCCUUCGAUAUAUCCAUCUUAUUGUUUAGUAUCAAAUAAAUAGUUAGCUUCAAACAUAGUUCAAUCUGGCAGAAUGCAAUCAAACUUGUUUUACAACAUUUACGCAAUACUGGGUGAUAUAUUUUAAGUGAUACAAGAUAUGACGCGAUUGUACCCGUUUUUGUGAUCAUAUUUUACAUAGCAGCAACUCUGAAAUCACAAAAAAGUCCUGGUUUCCAUACAUCGUAUAUCGUGUCGAAUUAGUAUGGGACACCUAAUUUUUUUGUGAUUUUAGGGUUGCUCAUAGUGAUGGGUACAGUCGCGUAUAUGUAUAUCUUGUAUCACGUAAAAAUAAUUUAACAUGUGUUGUGGAUAAAUCUGUCUUCCAAAUCAUAUAAUACAAAUACAACGUUUGAAAUCUGUAUGCUGUUGGGUCAUAGAUUUUCAAGAAAAAUAAAAUGUAGAAUUUUUCGCAUUGGUGAGAUGUUCCAAUUUUACCAUGUAUCACAAAUUUUAUAUGUACCUAAUGAAAUUAAUGAUCAUCAUUGAUCAUCAUUUAAUAAGUCCUAAAAUUAAUUGUGAGGGUAACAAAUGUAUAGAAAUUAAAUAUUUCAACUGUUUCCUGUAAACAUUGUGUCUAAGACACGGUUGGGUACUUACACAUUAGCAAGUUAAGUAUAAUUACAUUAUUUUAAACGCUGUGAUAUAUUUCAUGGAUUUAGAGAGAUCCUCAUUUAUGUAUGAUUUUUCAUAAAUGAGGCGAUACAUAAACACAAGAAAACACACAUGUAAAGCAUAAUUAUUUUCCAUCGUAUUUUCUCGGAAACGUUCUUAUUCGUCAUGCUACUUCAGUCAACCUCAGUACUUUUUGUACCGAGACUGACUGAAAUGGCAUGACACGUUCGUACGUUUCCGUGAAAAUACGAUGAAAAAUAAUUAUGCACUUAGAUCUGUACUACUAA